UGUUAUUGUAUUGAUCUAUAAAUCAGUCAAAUAUGACAAUCGAUACAAACACUAUAAUAAAAGUGAUAAUCGAUGUCAUGGGUGACUAUGAGGUUCAGGUGUCGGUUAGACAGUCAUUGAAAGGUGCGGUUAUUACAGGUGUUUCUUCAUUUAUUGGCGCCACACUUGUUGGACCCGUUGGACUGGCAAUUGGUGGCACUGCUGGCGGUCUUUUAGCCGCAUUUAUAGCUAAUGGUUCAUUUAAACCGAUCGGACAAAUACUCAAUGAAAUGCCGUCUGAAAAGAAGCGACAAUUGGCUGAAGACAUUGAAUGUCUUUUUAAAAGUCUAGAAAUCAAUGAUUUGACACAAUUUAUCAAAAUUGCUUUGAUUUGCAAAACUCUCAGUGAAUCCAAUUCUCAAACUAUUUUAGUUCACAAAUUCAUUGAACAAAGUCUUCCUAUUAUACAAAAACAUGUUCUUUAA